UUAUCCACUCGCGCAAGUCUUCAUGCCACCAUCCAUGCGUUGCUAGGAAACUUGUCAAAAUAUCCUCAAGACAGGACGUCUAUAUGGAGGUAAGAGCUGCUUUGGGUAGACAUCAGUGCUUGCUGCACUUGAGGUGAGAGUUAAGAAUAGACCUCUUUAGCUUGUAUGUUUUAUUUUCUCCGAGUAGGUCAUGUUAUAAUAUGCAAGAGAACUGUUUCUUUUAAUUCAACCUCCACUGAAUAUUCAUGAUCCUUUAUGAUGACGUAAUGGACCUUAUUCACGAUACCUGCCAUGUUUUGCACGCGCUUACAGCUGUCUCGGAUAACAUGCAGGGGUUUCAAUAAAAAUUGAAGUAGCCAGCAGGUUUGAAAAGAGUAUUCGACUGUAUCAACAAGGGGCCGUUAGUCCCCUUUUUCUAGAGGGAUCUGGGGGCGUACUUCCCCAUAAAUAUUUGGAAAUUUCAAAGCCCUAAAAUGUGAUUUCCAGCGUUCUGGGUACUAAAUUGAGGACAAAAGAGUGUGUUUUUCAUUCAAAAAAAUGUAGCUUUCAUUCCAGUUUCGAUUUAUCAGCCACACAAUCAAUUGCUACAAGCAACAAACGAAUGAUGAAAACUAAGUUACGUACAAAUUCUACGUAAACCUAUAAAAUUCUGAAAAAUUGACUGAAAUAUGGCGUUCACGUGACUAGAGCAUGACGUAAAGCAUAAGAGAACAUGGAGAAAAUUUAGCCAACAUUUGACAAAUUAAUUUCAAGUGAAUAAGAUCGAUGAAGUCAACCAGAGCAAAUUUUUUAAGUGACGUUCUUCGGUUUGUUUUCAUCCAGAAAUUUUGCUACCAUGGCAACGUUACAUAACGACUUCUCCUCUCCAUUGGCAAUGUUAACAAAAAAACUAGUCAGCCGUGACAGAGCCCCUUUAAUCUUACGAUAUCUUUUUUCUCUUUACUUUUAGAUGUGCCAAAUUUCUGGGUGAAAAGCAUCAACAUCUUGCGUCAUCCCUUACACCUGAGCUACUGUCUACUCAUCCAUUCUUUGCCACACCUGAACCGUCCAUUGAUGACCCUGCUUACGUAGCCAUUCUUAUUCUGGUGUUCAAUGCUACGGCUAAAAGUCCCACAAUGCUGACCAUGUUUCCAGGUUACACCACCCGUCACUAUGGAUACCUGCGUGACAGUCAACCUGAUCUGGUACCACAUCUGGAUGUAGAGAAAGUUGAUGUCAACAUAGAUCACAGGAGAACUGAAGAAGAAGGUGAGGAGUUAGCUGAAACCUGAGGGUUGGUUUUAAAACAGAGUUUAGCCAAAAUAGCGUAGAAUGAGGUUUUGUGACAAAACCGCAUUCUAAGCUAUUUUCAUUUUACAGGGACACCCUUGCUUUCCUUGGCUCCUUAUCUUAAACUUAAAAAUGUAAUAAGGUCGCCAACUAGAAAACCGAGCUUACUAUUAUCAUGUUAAUAUAUAAUGUAAACAGGACACGUCUGCUGUACUCUGAUCCACAACAGUAAUUUCAUUUGUGAUAUUACUCAGUUGUGAGGAAAUGACUCGUUGUUGUCACUGUCCAUUUUCUUUUAGGAUCCCAAAAGGCAAAGAGGUUUUUUGAAAGCAUCCAGUUGCGGCUUCAGUGCAUUGCAUCACAGAAUCCAGUAAAUGCCCAGCAAGGUCUUCAAACAGCCAUUCAAGAUUUGAUUCAUAUAAAGAGCAUCAAGUCGUCUCUUAGUGGCGAUGCCGAGUGCCUUUCUCUGUACCUUCAGUGUCACAGAAUGAUAUUGCAGGCUCAGAAUGACAAAAUAUGGAGCAUACCUGCAGUGCUUUGCACACAUCAGGGGUCGGGUCUGAAAUCCCUAGUGGAAAACAUUUUCUUAACGUCCUAUCGCAUUGAACAUACAUUUAUGGGCCUUAGUCAUCAACAAAUGUUCUUACUACGGCAGUUGAGACUCAUUGCGCAUGCGUUACAGAUUCUCGUCACACAACGUUAUAGCAGCGCGCGUGACCGAAGCUUAAAUUCCAUGCUUCAGAUCUGGGAGUCUUUUUUGAUGAGGAUCAAAACGUUUUCAAACUUUAUCAACGAGGAGAACAUUCACACAGAUGCUUUUUCGGCAGCGUUCGUCUCAUUUCCCAGUUUCUUUGAAUCUAACAUAACUAACCCGUCGGAGGUAAUGAAUUAUGUUCACUCCAUCGUUCUCUCUUAUCAAGUUGCACAAUUACAGUUGACGAACAGUUUGCAUCAAGCAUCUGCAGUCAUGAACGAGCCACAUGGCGGCUCAGACAAUCCCCUAUGCUUCUCUGCUGGCCUGACAUUGGGAAUCAAUGUUGAAGCAGUAUUGGAGAAUGUGGGAGAUGCAAGAAAGGUCAGAGUACAGGUCAGUAUGGCACUUAUUAUUGCAUUGCAUUGUUCUUGCUGAUAAACGGCAAAAUCUAUAAUCAGUGACAAAAGCGACAAAAUGCUUGUGUCAACAAUUUCAUGUGAUAUAUCAAAAACGACACGCAGUGUUUCAUUCCAUAUCCAGACACCGAGAAGUGGGUUGAAAAAUGAGGCACAGCUAAGUUUUUUAAGACCGACCUCGAGUUGUCUGGAUAUCGGAUGAAACACUGAGGGGAGUUUUUGAUAUAGCUUCUCAAAUGAACAAGAAUUCUUGGAGAAAUUCAAAGAUAAAGUUCGCAAAAGUUUAUCGUAAUUAAGAUCCGAUAUCCUAACCACCUUACCGUCACGGUUCUGAUUAACUGUUUUCUCUUUAUGAAUUAUUAAUGAGUUUGAGAAUCAUUUGUAAACCAUACAAUUAUGUUUAAACGCCGUAAAUCCCCCCACGCCGGAAUGUUGUUUGUAGUUGAAGAAAGACUAGACACUAUUGAGGAGGGGAAUGUUGCAUAACCGUUAUUUCCUCGUAAAAGAAUUGUAAAUUAUAGCCUGCGUAGCAGGCGCUAGGAAAUAAAUGGGUGCCUGGCGUGUCUCCCUCGCGCUCGCCCGUCCUUUCUUGCGCCCAUUUAUUUCCUAGCGCCUGCUACGCAGGCUAUGUAAAUUAUAAUUUGUUUACCUAUACGGAGCACUUAAGAGUUCAUAAGAACUCGUUGAAACGUAUCCGUGCGUUCCAGAUCGAAUUGGAAUUUGAAAGUGUUGGUUUUUAAGGAGAGAGCAAAACCGGAGAACUUCUCGGAGCAAGGGAGAGAACCAACAACAAACUCAAUCCAAACUCAAUCCACGUCGACGCCAGGAUACGUACCCGGGCCACAUUGGUGGAAGGAGAGUGCUCUCAACACCUCACCUUCCAUGCUCCCAUUUGGAUUUGUCUAUUAAUACAGUGGAACCUCCAUCAAGCGGCCAGUAAUUUAAGUCCCGAAAUACUUGUAGAAAAAAUGGGGACUUAGACUUCUGUUAUAAUAAGCGGCCACCUUUUGUCCGUCCCAACGAGAGUUCUCCCAUUGUUGUCACCUCUAUUAAGGGACUGGUCAAAAAGUAUAGGGGGGGGGUGGGCCGGAGCAGAGAGGGGGUGGGUCAUGAGGUUUUGAGCCUGGUACCAGGGGUGGGUCGGCCAAUUUUCAGCUACCCUUAGGGGGUGGGUCACCCUAUUUUAUUACAUAGAUAGGCACUAACUACUAACGAGACAGUUGACUACACUUGCUACAAGGUUUUAUUGGAUUAUUAAGAGGAAACGAAACAUCCAUGUUUUAACUAGGGGUGGGUCAUGCAAUUUCCAACCUUGCUUUAGGGGUGGGUCAGUCUUUUUUGUGCCGAAGGGAGGGGGUGGGUCAUGUGUUUUUUUAUCAACCACAUUUCCAAAUGCUCCAGCCCACCCCCGCCUAUACUUUUUGACCAGUCCCUAAGCGGCCAUUAAAACGUUUGAUACACUUAGAUUAGCUUUAUUUCAAGACUAUGAUGAAGGAAAAUACAGUCCGAGAUAGAAGGUGACGACCGAUUUUGGACCAGUAAUGCUGCUCCCUUCGUGCGUUUGUUUCAAAAAUAAAGCGAUGUUUCUGCUAAAGAUUAUACAAAUUUUUGACGAACCUCUAUUGAGCGGUCAACCUUCUUAAAGCGGCCACUUGCCGGUACCCCGCCCAAGGGUGGCCGCUCCAGGGAAGUUCAACUGUAGUUAACCUCCUGAACAACUCUCCUGUAUAUACCAAUCAUUACAAUAACAUCUUGCAGGUUGUAUUUCCUGAUUUAAGUUGCCAGUGGUUCAUUCCCAAACGCGAUGACUUUCAUGUGAUAUCUCCUCAAAAGCAACGACUUUCUACUACAGUCAUUUUAUCACAUCUUGGAUGGUCUGGUAUGUCUUAACCUGUUUUGCUUCUUCACUCAUCUUUCAUAAUCGCCACUUUAGAAACAAGGAGGUAACUGGAGCCGAAAUGUGUCCCGCUUGCAUUAGUUGAUCACUUGAUCAACUUUAGGUAAACACGAAAACAGUUCGCUUUUGAAAAAUUUUGUUAGCACGAGCUGAAAGAGCAUAAUUAUUAAAAUUCGCUAACCUGUAAAUUUUCAGCCGUAUGUCUCAAAAGUAGCGAUUGCAACGGCCUCCGAAAAUUAGAAGGGGAAAAGGAGAAGUAUGAGAAAACAACUCUUGCCACCCAGUCCCGCUUGAAUGGUUUUUCAUACAAAUCCUUGUAAAUUCUGAAAUUUUUAAGCAGUCGUUAAAUCUUUCCCGUACGUUUAGGGCUCAAAUUUCCCGUUUUUAAUUAAAAGGAGAUUUGAGCCCCGUGGUGCUUAAGGAAAUAAUUCACGACAGUUUGAAAACUUCGGAAGAAACUAUCAGAAUAAACUAGCCGAGACUUUCUCAAAGCCCGACUUACGUCCGUCGCUUGGCGAGCGUCCCUUGCACCUUUGGCGCUCACGCAGUCGACUUGUGGCAAGUCUAACUAGCUCUUUGUCAGUGUGAAUACAAUGGUAAAACCCGUAUUUUCUCUUAUUGCAGAACCAGGCUUGAUCGAGGUCUCAUUAGUUAUUAAGUACAGUUCUGAUGUGGAUGAAGCAGAUGUGCUGAGCCUUAGUUCACUCGCGGUCAGCGGUUCAGAUGUGGAAGUCAGAGGUACAAAGAAAACCAAGAACUCUGCAGACAGUUUGACCAGCGGUGUUAUCAAUCUCUGUUCGCCAGUUCAAGUUUGUAUCAUGCCGAAGCCCAUUAGAUAG